CCUCACCGGCGGCAGGCCGGGAUGGCGGCCACGGGCCGCUGUCCCCCCCAUCCCCAUCCCCGGGGCCGCGGGGACCGGCAUCAAGGACCCCACGCUCCGGUGGCCACGUGAGCGAGUGCCACCCCCGUCCCUGCCCUCCGUCCCGCGAGCCCGGCCAUGCCCAGCGCCUCGGUGCCACCGGGGGGGCUCCCCAUGAUCCCGGCCGAGGGCUCGGCGCUGCUGCGCGCCGUCUCCCAAGGGAAAUUCCGCCUGACCCGCCUGCUGCUGGAAGGGGGAGCCUACAUCAACGAAGGCAACGCCGCGGGCACCACGCCGCUGAUGGCAGCGUGCCGGGCCGGCUACGCCGAGCCUCCCGAGCAGCCGCGGAUGGUGCAGUACCUCCUGGAGAACGGCGCCGACCCCAACAUCCCCGACAAAAGCGGCAAAACGGCGCUGAUGCACGCGUGCACCGAGCGAGCCGGCCCGGCCGUGGUCGCCACCUUGCUCGCCCACGGGGCAGACCCCAGCGCCCGCGAUUACACCGGGGGCUCGGCGCUGCUUUACGCCCUGGAGAGCGGCGAGCGGGAGACGCUGCAGGUGCUGCUGGACGCGUGUCGGGAGCGCGGGCGCGAUGUCAUCAUCAUCACCUCGGCCACGUCGCCCCGCGGCACCAAGACCACCCGGCAGUACCUGAACUCGCCCCCGUCGCCCGCUCCGUGCGCGUCCCCCUCGCAGGUGCAGGUGCGGGCGGCGGCGUCGCCGGGGGCCGGCGGCAGGGACGAGGAGCGCGAUGUGUUCCGCUUCCCACCCGCCAAGCCCGCUCCGGAACCCUCCCGGGCCGGGCCCAAGCGGCAGCUGAAGAGGCUGAACUCGGAGCCCUGGGGGCUGGCGGUGCCGCGGGUGGAGGGGAUGCGGGGACACUCGGAGGGGACCCAGGGACCCGCGGAGGGAGCACGGGGAGCCUUAGAUGAGCUAUGGGGACCCGCGGAGGGCACACGGAGACCCCUGGAGGGGACACGGGGCCCCUCGGAAGGCUCGUGGGGUUCUCCCGAGAGCCUCCUCCGCAUCAAGCGCCUGACCAGGGCCAACAGGCAGCGGCUGGCGGCGGGGCUGGAGGGGCUGCGGUUGCGCCCGCGCCGCCACAGCGUGGAGGGACGCGAGGUCUCGGGGCUGCCAGGAGCCACCUGGGCAGAACGGGUGCCCCCGGUGCCCCCCGCGGGUCGUUGGGUCCCUCCUGAUCCUCCACGGGGCAAAGCCCAGCGGCGGGACCCCGAGCUCGCCACCCCUCCCGGGCCGCUGCGGCACACGGCCGGGCAACCGGAGCGCCGCGGCUCCGGGACGCUCCCACCGGAGCCGCCCGGGCCGGGCAGGGCCGGGCUGCUGCCGCCGCUGCCGCCCCGGGCGCUGCUCCGCCGGCACUCCAUGCAGCCCGAGGCUCUGCGGCACCUCGGCGCCUUCUGCGGGGGGCUGGCUCCCGAGCCUGGCUCUUAG